AUGGGUGUUCGCCCUUUGAUCCGAAGAGCGCGAAUCGUGUUCCGCCGUGUGUCGACUGAAGAUAGUGACAAUGAGUCCCUGGCACAUAACACGCCCCAUGAUGGUAAAGGUACCCCUCGAAGUCCCGCCAGCUCUGUGGCACUCGAGGAGGUACCGGAUAGGAGUGCCCAGUAUGGUGUUCAAGAUGUUGAGGCAGUGACGAUGACGUGGACGAGGCGUACGCUUAUUGCAGUCUUCAUCAACAUUUGGUUCCUUUAUUUCGUGAAUGCAUUUCAAUCUACCGUUACCGCCACUCUCAACCCUUAUGUGACAAGUUCAUUUAAAGCACACUCGCUGUCUGCGGUUCCCACCGCCCUAGCCGAUGUCUUUGCAGCUGCAACCUACCUACCUGUUGCAAAAAUGAUGGAUGUAUGGGGCCGUGCAGAAGGAUUUCUCUUGAUGGUCAUAUGUGCCACCAUCGGAUUGGUUCUCAUGGCGACCUGUAAUAGCUUCGAGAUCUACUGCGCCGCCAACGUCUUUUACUAUACCGGUUCCUACGGCAUGGAAUACGCAAUCGAUGUUAUGACAGCCGACGUUUCGACUCUGAGAAACCGUGCUUUCGCCUAUGCAUUCACUUCCUCUCCAUACAUCAUCACCGCAUUUGCGGGACCGAAAGUGGCGAAUGAAUUCUACUACCAGAUUUCCUGGCGAUGGGGCUUUGGCUGCUGGGCAAUCGUCGUUCCUAUCGUGGCAGCUCCGCUAUAUAUUGUGCUGAAGUGGAACCUGCGCAAGGCAGAGGAGGAAGGAUACAGAAUCAAGAGGCCAAGUGGUCGCACAGUACUCGAAAGCAUAUGUCAUUGGACUGUCGAGUUUGAUAUCUUCGGAGUCUUCUUGUUCACUGCUGGUCUCGUGUUGUUUGAACUUCCCUUCGACCUCGCUCAUUACGCCCCCGAUCAAUGGGCUUCUGACUAUAUCAUUGCUAUGCUUGUCGUCGGUUUUUCUAUGCUGUUCUUCUUCGCAAUUUGGGAAAGAUGGCUGGCUCCAGUGCCUCUUUUCGAGUGGCGACUUCUUACGAACCGCACAAUUGUCGGUGCAGUCCUUUUGGAUGCCACCUAUCAGCUCUCGUACUAUUGCUGGAAUUACUACUUCACGUCCUGGCUGCAAGUUAACAAUGACCUAUCCAUCACCACUUCCAACUAUAUCGUCAAUAUCUUUGACAUGGUCUCUGGAGUACUAUUAUUAGCCACGGGUUGGCUAAUCCGGAGAGUUGGCCGUUACAAGUGGACUCUGUAUAUUGCCGUUCCACUAUAUAUCUUGGCACAGGGCUUGAUGAUACACUUCCGCCAGCCUAACGUAAAUGUUGGCUACCAAGUGAUGUGCCAAAUCUUCCUUGCCAUCGGUGGUUCAAUCUUCAUUCUUGUCGAGCAGCUUGCUAUCCUAGCGGCUGUCGACCACCAACACGUCGCUACAGCACUAGCCCUGCUAAAUGUGGUUGGCACUAUUGGCGAUAGUGCAGGUCUUACCAUCAGUACCGUCAUCUGGCAAAACACAUAUAUGAAAGCUCUUCUCCGAUAUCUACCGGAAUCAGCCAUGCCGAAUCUGAACGACAUAUACGAGGAUCUCGUCACGCAACUGAGCUAUCCUGUGGGAACCCCGAUUAGACUAGCUAUUCAGAAAGCCUACGCCUACGCUGAACUUCGACUACUCGCUGUCGGAUGUGGUAUUAUAGUUUUGGCAAUUCCCUGGACUUUUUUGAUGAAAGAUAUCAAUUUGAAGAGGAAGCCGCAGGUCAGGGGUACGGUCUUUUAG